AUUUGUCUAAUUUUUCUCAAGGGUUUCUUCCUUCGGUAUUACACAAAAUUGGGCCUGAAGGAGAGGCCGAAAGGGAGACAAUUCAUCACCCCUUUGGCACCAAUUUACCUUGUGUUGCAGUGAUUUCUACUCGACAUCUUCACCACUGAGCUUGGAAGCUUAAAGAUACAAUACAUCAUGGUGAAUGCCAUCAGAGGAUUGUACAUUUCAUGUGACAUACCUAUGGCACAAUUUAUCAUCAACAUGAAUGCUGCACUGCCUCAAGCAGAUAAGUUCAUUAUUCAAGUAUUGGAUAACACUCAUCUUUUUGUGCGAUCAGACGUGGCUGGGAUGAUACGAAGCGCCAUUGCAUCAUUCAGAGAGCAAAAUACCUAUGAGAAGCCUUCUUAAUCUGUGUAAGGAUCAUUGCUGCAUUCCUAACGUAAUGAUGCCCAUGCUUUUCAAGUAUGUACAAUCUUGUUUGUUUAUUUGGACCUAAAUUUUACGAACUAAACCUACAUUAAGGCCAAGUAUUGCUAUUUCUAUUCUAAUUUUGAGUACAGUUCUUGUGAAAAAUUGAACUUCACAGGGUUGGUGUGCGUUUGUUUUGCUAUUUCACAGAGUGCUUAUGGAUCUUAAUAUAAGCUGAA